AUGACGAUCAAUAUAGGUGGUAGGGUACUUACAUUUUCGAAAGCGCGUGCAAAGAAACUCAACCUGAUUGUAACAUCGGACCAGUCCUCUGAGCAGAACAAGGCAAUUGGACCUCGCCUAGCGUAUCUCAUUGGAGGCCAAAGUUGGGAAUCCAUGGGAGAGUUCAAUUGGGCAUAUGUUAUCCUCGACAUGAUCUUUGGAGCGGCAAAUGGAGAGGCCAUUCUUACCCCAACCACCAACUCCUUAUCCACAUUGUCGACUGCCGAACUCCGAGUAAAAGACAUGUUACAACCAAUGCGCCACUUGCUCUUCUAUAGUAGCCUCGCGAUGCACCAAACCUUCAUCACUACAUUCCCACAAGUAUGGCAAGGCCUUUCUCGUAAAGAACAAGCCGAUAUCACCGCAAGUCUCGUACACGUACUUACAAAGGACUGGAGGCAUGAUCUACCCCGUCCAAACGUCAUGCAGAGCUUACUCGGUGGCAUACAAAGCUGCGUUCCCUCUAUCGCGAUCCCACCUCAUGUUCUCAAAUACUUGGUGAAGAUAUACCACGCAUGGUACGAGGGACUUGAAAUUCUUCAACACGCAGUCGAACAAGGUCGCGAGGAUGAUGACGCUAUUCGUGACUCUAAUCAGGACGCACUGGCAGAGCUCUAUGCCGAUCUUUGUGAGGAUGAUUACUUCUAUGGACUUUGGCGCCGACGGUCCUUGUAUGAGGAGACCAAUGCCGCACUUUCUUAUGAACAAAACGGUUUCUAUAAUUUUGCACAGCCCCUCUAUGAAAUUGCGCAAAUGAAAGCUCGCCAGAACAUUGACCCGAUGAGUGACUGA